CUAAGGGUCGUGCCAAGGAGUCCUACCUUUUUUCUCCACCCAUCUUCACUUCUCUACUCUAUUCCUCCUCUCUAUUUUUCCUUUCUUUCCCCUCCUCUCUCUUUCCAUCUCUCUGUCUGUGAUGCCGGGUUGUGGGUGAGUGUUCCAGUGACCAGACUGAAGCUGGGGAAGUUAAAGGUGGUGCGGCGGCAGCUGCUGCAAAGGUAUGAACACCAGCCGUUUGUCUCCUGCCUGGCCGGCCUCUACGGUUGCCAAUGGAGACGGUACCAAAGAGCCCGGGCGCAGCCGGGCGAGUGCUGCUGCAGCAAGGUGGAGUGCGGCAGCUUUGGCCUCCUGAUCCUCACCUUCUUCCUGAGUUUUGUUUUCCUCUACUUCUGGAGCGAAGCACAGAACGACUACAAUGACUUUGACUGGUUUAAUUUUGGGACUCUUGGCUUCUGGUUCCCCUGGUCUCUGGUGUUGCUGGUCGUUGCAGCCGCUCUCUUCACGUACAUCGCUCUACUACUGGUGCUGGCGGUGUGUCUGCUUUCUGAGGGUCAGAGGCUGUACCUUCACUGGAGCCACAAGACUGGGAUCGUGGUGACGCUGGUGUUCUCCGUCAUAGCGACGGCCGUCCUGUCUGACCUCUGGAGCAAAGAAUGGAAGACGCUCCUCCUCUCUCUGCAGGUGACGGCACCUUUCCUCCACGUGGCUGCAGUCUCACUAAUGGCCGUUCUCUCCUGGCCGAUAGCGCUGCACUUCUUCCGCAUGAACAAGAGACUGCGUCAGGUGGCUGUCCUGGGUCUCUACCUGUCUGUGCUGUUCUCCCUCUACCUGGUCCCUCUGGGGAUGUACUCGCCCUGCAUCAAAGAGGCCGGAGCCCUGGGCCCUGCUCCCACACUCAUAGGACACAGAGGAGCUCCGAUGCUUGCUCCUGAAAAUACAGUAAUGUCGUUUGAGAAGGCAGUGGAGGCCGGAGGAGAAGGACUGGAGACGGAUGUCACCAUCAGCUAUGAUGGUGUUCCCUUCCUGAUGCACGACUCCACCCUGAAGAGGACGACUAAUGUCGCUGAGGUUUUCCCGAAUCGAACGCACCUCGAUGCCUCCUUGUUCACCUGGGCCGAGCUACAGCAGCUUAAUGCUGGCGACUGGUUCUUAUCGAGGGACCCGUUCGGGACCGUGUCUUCUCUGUCGGAGGCCGACCGCUCCCAGGCUCAGAACCAGUCCGUUCCCUCGCUGGCUCAGUUUCUGGAGGUAGCGGCCCGAAGCGGCAGAUUAGUCUUGUUUGACCUGCGCCGGCCACCGUACGGACAUCCGUACAGCCAGUCAUACAUCAACACCACCCUGCAGGUCAUACAGGCCCACAUCAACUCCUCCCAGGUGUUGUGGCUGCCGUCUGAAGACAGGGAGCUGGUCCAGGCUGUGAACCCGGAGCUGCAGCAGACGUCCGGGGAAAAGGCUUCGAUACAGGAGCUGACAGACGGUCACAUCACCAGACUGAACCUGCACUACAGCACCAUGUCUCAGCAGCAGAUCUGUAAAUACCAGUCAGUGAACAUCAGCACUAACCUGUAUGUGAUCAGUCAGCCGUGGCUCUACACUCUGGCCUGGUGUGCAGGAGCACAGUCUGUCACCACCAACUCCAUCCACAUCCUGUCCAACAUCGACAAGCCCCUCUUCCUCAUGACUCCAGAGGAAUACAGUCUGAUGUGGAUCCUCACUGAUGUGGUGUCGGCCUUCCUCAUCAUUGCAGUUUUCAUAUUCCACUGGUGGAGAGAGAGAGGUCUGCCUUUCUGGUCCGGCAGCCGAGAGACUCACGAGAACGGACCCUACAGCAAGUUCAGGACAGAGCUGAGCGACGUGUGGUCCAUCUCCAGCGUCAACGUCCGGCCCGACCUCCGGAGCACGCCCAGUUCCCCCAGCACCCCUCACCUGCCCACCAUCACGGAGGAGUGACGGGGGAGGGAGAGGGAGACAGGGAGGCACAGAGAGGGGGAGAGAGGCAGGAAGGAAAGGUACAUGAACAGAGAGACGUUUUAUAGACAGAGCUUUCUUAUCUUAAACUUCUGUCAGUCAUAUAAGUUUUUCAUGACUAAAUUAUCAACAGUGAAAAUAAAUAUUUGUUUUUUUGGUUAUUUGGUUUGAUGACGAGGGUUGAUGGCACGCGCAUAGACGUACAGAAAAGGUCCUUUAGAUGAGGGCGAUAAAACCAGACUGAGCGGAAAGAGAACGGACAAUGUUUAGGUCAGUCAGCAACAGCAAAGGCUUUUUCUCUCUCCACUUCCUCUCUCAUCCUCUCUCCGUCCGUGGGCCGACUUCUGGCUGGAGCUGAACUUUUGAACCAAACCUCAUCCGCUGGUCUCCCAUCAGAGACUCUGGACGCCACCACCCACUCCCACUCAUGGGAGACGAGGACGCUCAUCACAGGACCAGAGGCCGACAUGCUUGAAAAACAUUUUCAUCUUUAAUCAUUCACCACCAGCUGAGCUCAACAAACGCAAGAAGCUUAACCUCACGAAUGAAAGAAGAAAAUAACGAACACAUUCUGCUGCUGUGACGCACGAGUCACGUUCGCUCUUUCCAUCUUGUUUUUUUAGUUGAUGAAGACCAAAUGUUUGUCCGAGAGGGAACAGCGGAUCUCUGAAUGUUGGUGAAACCUGUCGGUUCAGAGCAGGAGAAAUCUGGACAGCGACUAAACAGACUGAAUAAGUUAUCGUCGAGAUAUAUACUUUUUACUUUUUAGCUGUACAGAGAUCAGGUGCAUCAGACCAAACCUUAAACCAUGUCUUAAAUUUUAAUCUGUGUGUGUCUGUGCGUGGUUGGACGCGGUGGAUGAUCUGUGCACCGCUGGACUGACAGAGUGAAUGUAAACCCGAGGCUUGAGAAGCUGUUGUCAGUAAGUAUUUAUGUUUGUACUAAAGUGAAUGUAUUAUUAAGUGAGGCCACGUCUCUCAAACGUACGAGGAUCGUCUCGUCUGGGAGUCACUGGAAGUUUGGCAACGGAUUUGUGCCAAAUAUAGUACGAGUUGAACAAAAAGAUGCUUUUGAGAAACUAGACCUUGGCGUCUUUUUAAAAGACGUCUUCUUUUACUCAGAUAUACGCACACUGCUUUCUGGAAUCGUGACUAUUUACUCGAUCUGUGUGAGUUUGUCGUCACUUAAACUGGGUCUAGAUUCUGAACGCAGAGCGUCUGAGCUUUUCAGGGGUGAAAUCCAUGAAGUUAGGGGCCUUGAUUUUCUGAGUUUCCAGUUACUGCAAAGAUGAAGGAGGACACGCUGCAGUAAGUGCCAUUAAAAAAAAAACUAAUCACCCAGCUAAAUAAAUAUACAGAACUUAUUUUAAAAUAUAACAGUGGGUUCUGACCAGGGGUGGGAACUUAAAACUGGUUCAGAGAGUUUUUACAAUCCUUUUGAGUUGUUUGCUCCCCACAUUAUUGACUCUGCUAAACUUAAUUCCUGCUUCUGCUACAACACGACGUCCCACUCUGAGCUGCGUUAAUCAGGAAAAAAAACAGCGCAGAUACGAGCAAAACCUUAAGUUCCAAGAAUAAAUGUGAAAAGCAUUUUCAGGAGGAGAUUGUGUUCUGACAGAUGAGAAAACUGUGCAGGAAUAUUAUUUGUCACACACAUCUCUGAUCAGACGGAAUUAAAUUAAUAAGCGUUAAUUGCCAAAGCUAUUGAUGUUGAUAAAGUCUAAUCAGAAUCAGUUUAACGCCAUUUAAUGGGCUGUCGACAUUUAAUCUAAUCUAGAAUCAAAGCUAAAUAAAAGACUGGUCAGAUAAAUCAAGUCACGUUAAUUGAAAGUCCUUCUGAAAGCUCAACUUAAUAUAUUGUAAUAUGGACGCAUUCAUUUAGUUUUACUCUUGUUCUGUUCCUGUUGAGAAUAUAGUUGCUGAUCCGUUGGUCUUUUAGUCUUUAGCUGCAGUUAGAAACCACUAGAAACCCUAUUUAUUCUAUUGAAUAAGACCGUAAGGCCGAUCACUCUUAGUGAGCAGGUCUGGUAGUGACAUACAGGACUGUGAUGGUUUCCCUUUGGAGAUCCAUCGCAUUUCAAGCCUUGCAUGUGUUUGGAUUUAUCCACCUUUUGUUUUAAAGCUGCUUUCUCCGAGUGAAACUCCAGCCACCAGUCGUUUCACUUCAGACGCCUCAGCUCACGUAGACUGUAAAUCAUGUCUGUAAAUAUAUUUUUUUAAAUCAUAAUAUCCUGGCAUCCAGAGAGACGUCUGUAAAGCAGCCGGUCAGAGAACCUUAAUAAACCAGAACUGUAGGCGAAGCCUGACGACUUAACGUGGACGACGUGUUUUUAAUCAAAAUUUGUCAAAACAAAUCGACUGCGGUUUUAUAUUUAUUGGAGAUAGCAGAUAGUUUUCACAUGCAGGUGACCUGUGCAUGCUGCUGUGCAUGGUAGAGGUGACGCAAGUAAACUUUAAUUAGUGCAUAAAUGAAAAUCUAGAGGAAAAAGCAUAAAGGAUAUUUUUUCUAUUCCGAGGAAGCAAAUGACAGCAGAUACAAAAGCCCGUUCCAUCAAGUCCUUCUCAUAGUUUAAUCUCAUCCCACUUUGAUCUAAACUGUUCGAUGCAUGAAAAAGAUUUUCUCGUUUCUCAGCAAAACUAAAGAGCAAAGCUGUGGUGUUUUCAUUUACUGAGCCAGUUGUCAUCAGCACAAAAAUACUGUAUCUGCUUCGCUGUCUUGAUCCACUGUAGUAACUACAAUAGUUUUUUUUUUUUUUUUUUUACAAGGUCCGUGCCCAUAAGUGAGGUUAUGAAUGUUCCUUCACCGGUAGCUAUAGUCCAGCUUUGAGGCAAAGUGAAGCUGUUUUAGAUUCGACUGGACUCUGGUUCGUGUGGUCGGCUUGUUCACUGAGACGUUGCCUGUUCUUUAAAUGUGACUUUUAUUGAGAAUCCUCGGUGACGCCAGGAUCCAUCUGUUGUACAAGUAACGAGAUGUUUUAAGCCAAAACACUGGGUCUCUAAAAUCAGACCGUAUACGUUAGAGUGCAACUAGUGCAAGUUGUGUCCAUAGUCCUUCAACAAUGAGCUCAUUGUUUCUGUUGUUGCUAAAAAAAAGACCCAUGGUACAAUAGAAUAAUAUAAAUGAGGUUAAUAGUCCAGCUUUGAUUCACUGUAGCUUUCUGUGCUGUAAUGAACGGCUGUUUUAUUUUAUAGAAGAAUUUCCAAUUUAAUUUUCUUUUCUUUUUUUCUUUUUCUUUUUAAGUUCUCUGAUUAUAAAUGCUGCUGUCAUCUGAUAUUAAAAUAUUAGAAAAGUA